CUUAGAGACAUUCCCCUAAACGGUAUCCAUAAGAUGGCAUAUCCGAUGGAUGUCGUCCACUGGUCCAGCACUACGGUUGCCGCAGCCUGCCUUCCUGAACAAGAUGUAGAGCCGCCGAGCAAGCGCCGAAAGCGCGAGAUAUUGCAAACAUCCACUCCGGUAUCAGCACCAGAGACGCCUGUUCACACUUCUGAUGACAACAUAGGUGAGUUUGGUCACUUUAUUGCUGAUUUCCCCAACGAGAUCAUACAUCAUAUACUCCGAUAUCUCUCACAGACCGACUUGAUCAACUUGUCAUCUUCCACAAAAACGUUCAGAGGGCGAUUUCUCAGCCUUGUCUUUGCCAAAAUCAAAGUACAUUGGCACGACUUGGAUGCAGCCUCUUCCUCAGAGCGCAACCUUUCACUGUUCCCACAUACAGCAUACGCUCGCAAGAUCCGGUUUCUCGACUCCAGUCCGGGACCUGAGUGGAACCUCAACCUUGGCACACAUUUGUUCCAGCUUGCUCCGUCCGCCAACGAACUAGAGUUUAGGUUACUCAACUCCUCUUCGUGGCUAAAGUAUAAAGACGUUGAUAUCCCCAUUACCAUGAUCACCUUGGCAAAUAUCAACCAGUCGCCGGCUUUGCACAAACACUUGUUUGACCUCAAUCAUUUGCGAAACUUUACCCAGUUGACCGACGUAACGCUCCGGGGCUUUAACGUGAGGUGGAGAGAUCUGGAUGACAACGUAACCCCGCGGGUCAAAACCCUCAAACUUGUGGAUUGCACGUGGGAGUAUCCGUUCACGAUGACGCAGUUUGACCCGCACCACUCGCUUCAGAAACUCACAGUGUCUUAUACCCAUAACAACUCAUUCGUACUUUCGGAGCGAUUUCAGGACUUUCUCAAAUUUCUGGCAUUUAUACUGGAGCUGGGGAAGACGGAACAGCUCUUUCCAAGCCUCCAAAGCUUGGAGAUCUCUUUCUCCAACUUUGACAAGCCACCCAGCUUGAACUCUCUGGUUUUCAACGAUCUAACCCACUACCUCCAGGUGUUUGAUUCCUCUACUGGCAAAGUUUUUCGGCUCCCGGACAGUGCUCAUCCGCCUGUUCUCAUUGAAUCCUUCAAACUACCCAGCCUCCGUGAGUUACGGUUGCUUGGCUGGCAGGUGAACAAUUUCCAGGACUUUUACCAUCACCAUUUGUUGCCGAUGCUUCAACCGAAACAGUGCGGAUGGGAUCCAGUGGCUGAGCGGAUGCAAGCGCUCAUGUUGCUGCUCGCUGGUCUGGACUCUGCGGGACGCAAACCGUUGUAUGACUACAAACCCGUGAAAUUGCCUCUGUUGCGAAGGUUGGAUCUAACGGUUGCCAAUAAAGUUCAGAUAGCAGGGUACAAGCGGAUAGAUGCAGAUGAUGGCCAGUUUGUCUUGACAGUGAGACGGGCCGAUUAAUUUCGAUAAAAAUUAAUGGCGUUAAGGAUUUGGAAUUAGUGCUAGUAAAAGUGCCUUUUAGCACUUACAGCACGUGGCUGUAGAUACCGACUUCAGUGGGGAUUUUGUCGUUGAUUUGUAAGAAACAAUACUUUACGUCAAGAAGAACUUACAUCGUAGUUAAGCUAUGUUCUCCCGUGGCACGGUGUCAAUUCUUCGAUCAACUACGGAAAUUGAAUGAUGCAACAUACAGAAUCGCGAGUUUUUUUCAAUCUAUUCUGUUUGGG